AUGUUAGUAGCUUCUUAUUUGCCGUGCCGCAAAAUUCUCGACAUCGACGUACCCGCGCACAGGUGCAGAGAGAUGGGUUCCCUGGUUGGAAAUGUAACAGUAUACUACAAUUAUGUAAACAAUGAACUUGCAGACCCGCGCACCAACAAAUUUCUGUUGGUAUCGACACCCCUGCCAAUAAUUUUGAUACUGUUUCUGUACCACCGCUUCGUGCGUGUCUGGGGACCAGCGUAUAUGGCCAACCGGCCCCCCUACAAACUGAAGGAGGUGAUUGUCAUAUACAACAUCGUACAAAUAAUCCUAUCUGGAUUUCUAGCUUUGCAGUGCCUGCUAAUGUUGUACAUGCCGGGCUACUAUAGCGUUUGGUGUCAAAAGAUCAACUAUGAGGACACGCCAAUCGAAAGGCUCGUCAUAGAACGAGUGUGGCUCUACUAUUUCAUCAAAAUCGUCGAUUUGCUUGAUACGGUCUUCUUCGUGCUGCGAAAGAAGUUCUCACAAGUGUCAUUUCUGCACGUCUACCACCAUAUGGGCAUGUGUUUGUUAGGAUUCAUCGGUACCAAAUAUGUGCCAGGUGGGCACGGCAUUAUGUUGGGAUUCAUAAACUCAUGGGUGCACGCAGUGAUGUACACUUACUACCUAAUAUCCAUCGUACGACCGCAGUGGGUACAACAAUGGUGGAAAAAGUACAUCACGCAGAUGCAAAUCCUGCAGUUCCUCCUCCUGAUAUUACACUUCGGGCACAUUCUGUUCGAGCCGUCCUGCGGAUACCCCAAGUGGGUGUCCUUCUUAUUCCUUCCGCACAACAUCUUUAUACUGUUCCUAUUUAUGGACUUCUAUAUCAAAGAAUACAUACAUAAAAAGAAAAAG